GCACACAGCUUCCUUCCUACCGGUACCCAUAUAUAGCCGACCACGAUAUAUGUUUUAGGUUUGCACUUAUUUGUUCAUCGCGAUAGAAAACACUAGGGAUAUUGACUUUAGGGAACCCCCCCCCCCCCCCUGCAUGGCCCCGACUUCGGGCAUCGGGCGCUAAACCAGUAUAGUCUGCUGGGCAAACCCUUCACCCGAGUUAAGGGUCUGAAUGUCCAGCCUACUCAUGCCUUGUGUACUGAAGGCUCUUGGAGCAGCAAUUAAGUUUUGUAUGUGCUAGUCUUUGCGUGGAGGCACACUUGUUGAUCAAAGUUCCAAUCAGGGUCUGUGCCUGCAGACUACUAACCUGUCUAGAUGGGGGAAAAUUUGUAUUGGUCCAAAGUCCGAUGUCACAUCAUUAUAUACCCAGACAGUUUCGUUUGAUCAAAGAGUGCUUGGUUUGACAUUCUUUGAACGCGUCAAGGCAUCAUUGAAUGAUCACUACAAUAAAGCAUGGCUUAAUUCUAUUCUGGAUGUUAUCAUGUACAUCGGUGUAGGAAAGUAACUGAUGACGACCAAAGUCCGAUGUCACAUUACACAACCUUCUUUGUGAUUGUGAAUGUUAUAUACCCAGCAAGUUUCGAUCAAAAAUUUUCUUACACAGAAAUCUUUUGACAUCACGACAAGGUGCUGGCAGUGACUGAACCAUCAUGUCUUCUAUUCUGGACGCUAUCAUGUACAUCGGUAUGGGAAAUCUACUCACCACCAUCUCUUUAUGUCUUCUUAUAUUCUGGUAUAUCCGCACCAACUGCUUGAUCUCAUUCUAUUACCGUCUUCCUCCUGGACCACCGGCCAUUCCUUAUCCUUUCGAUGGUCUUUUAGCAUUGUUCCCUGGAAAGGAUAGGUUUGGACGUCUGAUACAACUUAGCAAGAGAUAUGGUGACAUCGUUUGUCUCCAGCUUGGCUCCAGGAUCUUGACCAUGAUUUCCAGCCCAGGGCUAGUUAAAGAACUCCUGGUCAAACAAGCUGAUGCCACUUCUAACAGACGACCACCUCCCUUCUUUUCUCAUAUCAUAGAUUAUACAGGGGGCAUCCUAUUCACUGAUGGGGAACCGUGGCAAGAACUCCGUCGAUUUAGUCUCUCUGCUCUCCGUAACUUUGGCAUGGGUCGGAAGGGCAUCGAGUCAAGGAUACAAGAUGAAGCACACAUCCUCUGUAAUGCAUUAUCCCAACAGUCAGGAGAAGCGUUCGACGUUAUGCAUCUUACCAAUGCUGCCGUAUCCAACAUCAUCUGCAGUAUCACAUUCGGGAGGCGUAUGGAGUAUGAUGAUCCUGUUUUCAUUGAUACGAUCAAGAGACUUAGAAACCUAACAGGUGGAAUGGGGAUAACCCCCAUCAUUCGUGAGCUAGUUUUAAGAUUCCCUAUUCUCCUCAAGACACCUUUAUUAAAGAUGCCCAAAGAAAACAUAUUAGGCAUAAAGAAUUUUAUCAAUGCGGAGGUGAGAGAACACAUUGAGAGCUACGACUCCACAGACAUCCGGGACAUCAUUGAUAUGUACCUCACUGAAGCAGACCGAUUGGAUGAAAUCAAGGCCACCAAACCGUACAUAACUAAAGACGAUAUCUGGAUGUGUGUUUUCGAUCUGUUCUUUGCAGGAACCGAGACGACAUCUUCUUCAUUACUUUGGUUUAUUCUCGUUAUGGCAAGCAAACCCGAUGUACAAAAUAAGGUUAUGAGUGAGAUCGAUCGUGUUGUUGGUCGGGAGAGGGCUCCGUGCUACGACGAUCGCAAGGACAUGCCGUAUGUAGACGCAACUAUAACAGAGGUCCUCCGGUUUCGACCUGUUGCACCGCUAGGAGUGGGACAUGUGACCGACAAAGACGUCAAAAUCAGAGAAUACACCAUUCCAAAACAUACAGAGAUUCUUAUUAAUAUCCUUGCCAUUCACCUGGAUCCAAACCUGUGGGACAAACCAGAAGAGUUUAACCCUGAACGUUUCCUAAGUGAAGAUGGGAAGACUGUCAUCAAACAGGAUGCAUUCACUGUAUUUGGAGCAGGUCGACGUGUGUGCCUUGGGGAGCAACUUGCCCGGAUGGAGUUUUUCCUCUUCGCGACAACCCUCAUGCAACAAUUUCAAUUUCAAUUGCCUGAAGGUGAUUCAGCUGACUUUGGCUUUGAACAUUGUCUUGGUACCGUUGCUCCAAAGAGAUAUAAAGUCUUAGCCCAUGAACGAUAAUUCUAGUUUGGUUUGUUUUUCCUUCAAAGAUUCUUAAGCACGAAGGCAAAUAGACUAGGCUGACAGGACUUCAAAGAAUAUUCAACUCAAUUCAAUUCAUUUCAAGGUUUAUCAAAAACAAGAGUUGCAACCAAAUGGCUAAAUAUUGGCCAUGUAUGCAAAAUACAAAUAUUCAAUAGAUCACUACAUAUUUCAAACAUUAAAAACAGCAACAUUUGUAAGUACUUAGAAUCUGAGAUAAAAAUGUUUUAAUUGCGGUAGUUCGUAUUUCUCCGUUUCCUCAAUGGAAAAGUAUAUAUUUCAAGUUUCAAGUUCAAGUUUAUUUUCAAUUCUACAAAACAUUAAACAUGUCAUGAAUGAA